AUGGAGAAGACCUCCCCCUGCCCCUCCCCCACCCUGGCUCGCCCCGAUGACGUCACGGUGGGGGCGGGGCCGGAGCCGGAGGUGGCCCCGCCCCCCGCGGGCAAAGCCCCGCCCCCUCCGCCCCGCCCCCACCUGAGCGUGGCCGUGCUGUGCUUAAUUAACCUCCUUAAUUACAUGGACAGGUUCACCGUGGCAGGUGUGCUGCCCGAGGUCGAGGAUUAUUUCGGCAUCGGCGACAGCAGCUCCGGCCUCCUGCAGACAGUGUUCAUCAGCAGUUACCUGGUGCUGGCUCCUCUCUUCGGCUUCCUCGGGGACCACAGCCGCAAGCGGCUCCUGGCGCUGGGGCUGGCGCUCUGGUCCGGGGUCACCCUGGCCACCAGCUUCGUGCCCCCGCAGCACUUUGGGGCCCUCCUGGCCGGCCGGGCCCUGGUGGGCGUGGGCGAGGCCGCCUACUCCACCCUGGCGCCCACCUUGGUGGCCGACCUGUUCCGCGGCCCCGCCCGCAGCCGCGCCCUGGGCGGCUUCUACCUGGCCGUGCCCCUGGGCAGCGGGCUGGGUUACAUCGCGGGGUCAAAGGUCAAGGACCUGGCGGCCGAUUGGCGCUGGGCGCUGCGGGUGACCCCUGUCCUGGGGCUGCUGGCCCUGCUGCUGCUCCUGGCCGUGGUCAGCGACCCCCCCCGGGGCGGCCUGGACGGGGCGGCGGCCACUGCCCGGCCCCUCCCCCACUCCUGGGGCCACGACCUGCGCCAGCUCGGCCGCAACCACACCCUGGUGCUGUCCACGCUGGGCUUCACGGCCGUGGCCUUUGUCACCGGCGCCCUGGCGCUCUGGGCUCCGGCCUUCCUGUUCCGAGCCCGCCUGGCGCGGGGGGAGGGGCAGCCCUGCCGGGGGGGGCGGCGUUGCCAGGCGACCAGAGGUGGCCUGCUGUUCGGAGCGCUCACCUGCGGCUCGGGGGUGCUGGGGGUGGGGCUGGGGGCGGAGCUUUCUCGUAGGCUCCGCCCCCGCGAGCCCCGGGCGGAUCCAUUGCUGUGCGCGGGGGGGCUCCUGGGGGGGGCGCCCUGCCUGCUGCUGGCGCUGCUCUGCGCCCAGCCCUGCCCCCCCGCCGCCUACGUUUGGGGGCUCCUGGGGGGGGCGCCCUGCCUGCUGCUGGCGCUGCUCUGCGCCCAGCCCUGCCCCCCCGCCGCCUACGUUUUUAUCUUCCUGGGGGAGACCCUGCUGUCCCUGAACUGGGCCAUCGUGGCCGACAUCUUACUGUACGUGGUGCCCCCCGGGCGCCGCUCCACGGCCGAGGCGCUGCAGAUCGUGGCCUCGCACUUACUGGGAGACGCUGGGAGCCCCUACCUGGUGGGACUGGUGAGUGACGCCCUGGGGGGCGGAGCCGCCGCCAUCUCGUACCAGCGCGGGGCCGGGGCUCUGCUGCGGGCGCUGCUGCUGCUGCCGUUCGCCGCCGCCCUGGGCGGAGCCGCCUUCCUGGCCGCCGGUAACAGCCUGCCCCGGGACCGGCGGCGGGCCCGGAGGGAGGCCCGAGGGCUGCCCCCGGACGGCGACAGUGACGACGAUGAGGAGGACGGCGAUGGUGGCCCCGCCCUCGGCGAUGGUGGCCCCGCCCCCGGCAGUGAUGGCUCCGCCCCCCCGGCCAUCGUGGUGCCGCCCAACGCUGGGGGCCGGACACGGCGCCUGCCCGUGGCUCACGUGCUGGCCUGAGAGUGACCACGGAGUGACCACGGAGUGACCAGUGACCUCUGAGUGACCUCUGAGUGACCUCUGAGUGACCAGUGACCUCUGAGUGACCAGUGACCACUGAGUGACCAGUGACCACCUGGGAGUGACCACCUGAGUGACCAGUGACCCCUGAGUGACCAGUGACCCCUGAGUGACCAGUGACCCCUGAGUGACCAGUGGCUGCUGAGUGACCCCUGAGUGACCACCUGGGAGUGACCACCUGAGUGACCCCUGAGUGACCCCUGAGUGACCGGUGACCACUGAGUGACCCCUGAGUGACCACCGAGUGACCACUGACCCACUGACCAUCUGAGAGUGACCAGUGACCACUGAGUGACCCCUGAGUGACCAGUGACCACCUGGGAGUGACCAGUGACCACUGAGAGUGACCAGUGACCAUCCAGGAGUGACCAGUGACCACUGAGAGUGACCAGUGACCACUGAGAGUGACCAGUGACCAUCUGAGAGUGACCAGUGACCAUCUGAGAGUGACCAGUGACCACUGGGAGUGACCAGUGACCACCUGGGAGUGACCAGUGACCACUGAGUGACCCCUGAGUGACCAGUGACCACCUGGGAGUGACCAGUGACCAUCUGAGAGUGACCAGUGACCACUGAGAGUGACCACUGGCCACCUGGGAGUGACCAGUGACCGCUGGGAGUGACCAGUGACCCCUGAGUGACCCCUGAGUGACCGGUGACCACCUGGGAGUGACCAGUGACCACUGAGUGACCUCUGAGUGACCAGUGACCAUCCAGGAGUGACCAGUGACACCUGAGAGUGACCAGUGACACCUGAGAGUGACCAGUGACCACCUGGGAGUGACCAGUGACCACCUGGGAGUGACCAGUGACCAUCCAGGAGUGACCAGUGACCACUGGGAGUGACCAGUGACCAUCCAGGAGUGACCAGUGACCACCUGGGAGUGACCAGUGACCAUCCAGGAGUGACCAGUGACCACUGGGAGUGACCAGUGACCCCUGGGAGUGACCAGUGACCAUCUGGGAGUGACCAGUGACCAUCCGGGAGUGACCAGUGACCACUGGGAGUGACCAGUGACCCCUGAGUGACCAGUGACCAUCCAGGAGUGACCAGUGACCACCUGGGAGUGACCAGUGACCACUGAGUGACCCCUGAGUGACCAGUGACCCCUGGGAGUGACCAGUGACCACCUGGGAGUGACCACUGACCACACCAGGGGUCACUCACUCCAAUUUUUGGGGGUCCCAGCCCCAAAUUUUGGGGUCCCAAAUCCAAAUUUUGGGGUCCCAGUCCCAUUUUUGGGGUCCUGGACUCAGAUUUUGGGGUCCCAGCCCCACUUUUGGGGUCCCAAACCCAAAUUUUGGGGUCCUGGACUCAGAUUUUGGGGUCCCAGCCCCAAAUUUUGGCAUCUUUACCCCAAAUUUUUGCAUCUUCACCCCAAAUUUUGGCAUCUUCACCCCAAAUUUUGGGGUUCCGGGGCCAGAUUUUGGAGGCCCAGUCCCAUUUUUGGGGUCUUAGACUCAGAUUUUGGGGUCCCAACCCCAUUUUUGGGGUCCCAAACUGAAAUUUUGGGGUCCCAGCCCCAGAUUUAGGGUCUCAAACCCAAAUUUUGGGGUCCAAAAUCCAAAUUUUGGGUUUCCAGCCCCAUUUUUGGGGUCCCAAAUCCAAAUUUUGGGGUCCCAGCUGCAUUUUUGGGGUCCCAAACCCAAAUUUUGGGACCCCAACCCCAGAUUUAGGGUCUCAAACCCAAAUUUUGGGGUCCAAAAUCCAAAUUUUGGGUUUCCAGCCCCAUUUUUGGGGUCCCAAAUCCAAAUUUUGGGGUCCCUGCCCCACUUUUGGGGUCCCAGCCCCAAAUUUUGGGGUCCCAGCCGCAUUUUUGGGGUCUUAGACUCAGAUUUUGGGACCCCAGCCCCACUUUUGGGGUCCCAAACCCAAAUUUUGGGGUCCUGGACUCAGAUUUUGGGACCCCAGCCCCACUUUUGGGGUCCCAAACCCAAAUUUUGGCAUCUUCACCCCAAAUUUUGGGGUUCCGGGGCCAGAUUUUGGAGGCCCAGUCCCAUUUUUGGGGUCUUAGACUCAGAUUUUGGGACCCCAGCCCCAUUUUUGGGGUCCCAAACCCAAAUUUUGGGGUCCCAAACCCAAAUUUUAGGGUCCCAGUCCCAUUUUUGGGGUCCUGGACUCAGAUUUUGGGGUCCCUGCCCCACUUUUGGGGUCCCAAACCCAAAUUUUGGGGUCCCAGUCUCAUUUUUGGAGUCCUGGACUCAGAUUUUAGGACCCCAGCCCCAGAUUUGGGGUCUCAAACCCAAAUUUUGGGGUCCCAAAUCCAAAUUUUGGGGUCCCAGCCCCAAAUUUUGGGGUCCCAAACCCAAAUUUUGGGGUCCCAGCUCCAUUUUUGGGGUCCCAGCCCCAGAUUUGGGGUUCCAACCCCAUUUUUCGGGUUCCAAACCCAAAUUUUGGGGUCCCAGCCCCAGAUUUAGGGUCUCAAACCCAAAUUUUGGGGUCCCAAACCCAAAUUUUGGGGUCCCGACUCCAAAUUUUGGCGUCUUCACCCCAAAUUUUGGGGUCCCAACCGCAAAUUUUGGUGUUCUGCUGCCAUUUUUGGGACCCCAGCCCCAAAUUUUGAGGCCCCAACCCCCAAAUUUGGGGGUCCGAGCUCCAAAUUUGGGGGUCCGAGCUCCAAAUUUGGGGCUCUCAGAUUUUGGGACCACCACCCCAAAUUUUGGGACCCACAGCCCCAUUUUCGGGGGCCCCACGGCCCCAAAUUUCGGGGUUUUCAACCCAAAUUUUAGGACCCCAGCCUCAUUUUUAGGACCCCGCCCCCAAUUUUGGGGGUUCUGAACCCAAAUUUCGGGACCCCCUCCCCCAAUUUUAAGACCCCGGCCCAUUUCCCCCCC